UGGGUCCAAAUAUAUACCGCGUGAUUUUUAAAACAGACUCACCUUGAUUUCCUCUUAUAGUUCUGGAAGUAUCAAAGAGUUCUUCAUCAGAUUGCUCUUGAAGUUUUGUUCUUAAAAUUUUGCAAAAAGGAAGACAAAGUAUACUCUCUGCAAGCUGAGAAAUUUUGAAAGUUUCAAAUUUUGUCAACUGCGUGUUUGUGAAUCCGAUCAUAUAGACUUAAUUGGAAAAGAGGGUACCUCGAGCAGGUGAAGCGCACAACUAUGGUGCGCCUUGGUGGGCCGUCUAGAAUUUUUUCAAUUUUAGUCAUAACUUCUUUGUUAGGUAUUAUCUCAAGUCAGGACUGUGAUUUUGAAAAUGGUUUAUGUAAUUGGACUCAGUCGAAAAAAGAUAAAUUUGAUUGGACAAGAAUCUCUGGGUCUACAGCAUCUCAAGGAACGGGUCCUCAAUCUGAUCAUACAUCGCUAGUUAAAAAUAUUACAGUAAAAACAACUGGAGGUAAUGCAAAUGGAGCUCCUUGUGUUUUUCCAUACAAAUUUAAAAAUAAAAUGUAUACAAAAUGCAUCACUCAAAAUACAUUUCCUCCAAAACCAUGGUGUGCAACUGUUCCUGAUUAUGAUAAAUCAAAUACUUGGGGGUAUUGCCAACCCGCUGGUUUUUACAUCUACAUUGAAGCUGACAAUCCAAGAAAUCCUGGUGAUACUGCAUCAUUGAUAUCACCAGUUAUUCAAAAAGGACCAAAGUGUUUGACUUUUUGGUAUCAUAUGUAUGGGCUUAACAUAGAUACGCUAAGUUUAUUCACAAUUCAAAAUGGUAACAGAAGCAAUCCUUUAUGGAGACUAAAAGGAAACCAAGGUGACAGCUGGAAAAGUGCAAAUAUGACUGUUGGUGAUAAUACACCAUUUCAGAUUGAGUUUGAAGCAACAAGAGGGCUUGAUUAUAGAGGAGAUAUAUCCCUUGACGAUAUAACAGUUAAAGAUGGCUCUUGCGUUGAAAUAAAGUCCAACUCAUCUGCUAAUGACACUGGUUAUGGUUUAUGCACAUUUGAAAAGGACAAGUGCGGUUUUAAUGAUGAUCCUUCUGGCCAAUUUAAAUGGACAAGAAUGCGAGGUUCUACACCAAGUACUAAAACAGGUCCUUCUUCAGAUCAUACCACAGGAACAAUUUCAGGUUAUUUUGUGUACGUGGAAGCUUCUAACAAAAAGCUUAAUGAUAAAGGGCGGUUUUAUAAAACUUUCACUAAUUUGUCACCUAAAGGAAGUUGUUUGAAGUUUUGGUAUCACAUGUUUGGUUCAGAUAUGGGGGAUUUAAAUGUUUACAUUAACCCCCCUGCAUUAGGUAAAGGCACCCCUGAUUUUAAUGCUACUGGUCAAAAGGGUGAUAUUUGGGUCAAUGCUGAAGUUCCAAUUACAACCACAACUGCUCAGGUUGUGUUUGAAGGAAUUACAAAAUAUGGCUAUGAAGGGGAUAUGGCUAUUGAUGAUAUAGAACUAUCAAUGGGCCUCUGUAAUAAACCAGGGUUCUGUGACUUUGAAAAUGGUCUUUGCACUUGGUAUAACAUUCCAGCUGCAGAAAAUUCAGAUGAUUUUGAUUGGAUUGUUGGCUCAGGCUCUACCCCAACUGCUUUUACUGGACCAUCUGCUGAUCGUAAUGGAAAUGAUAAAGCUAAGUAUCUUUUUAUUGAAUCAUCAUCUCCAAAUAGACCUAAUGAAAAAGCUCGUUUAGCUAGCCAGCUCUUUAGCCAGAGUAACAGCAUUGGCCAAUGUUUCUUGUUUUAUUACCAUAUGUAUGGGCAAUCAAUUGGUAGUUUAAAUAUUUAUGCAAAUUUUAGUGGUACAGAAAAGCUUUUGUGGACUUUGUCUGGAAAUAAAGGAAAUACAUGGUUUAAUGGUCAAGUAAAUGUUGGCAUAGCAACAACAGCAUACAGGAUCAUUAUUGAAGGAAUUGUUGGGAACUUUGUCUAUGGAGAUAUUGCUGUAGAUGAUUUUUCUUUUCGCUCUGGUAAUUGUGCUGUUGUACCUGCAGAUGCAAAUCCUAUUACUCAAUCUACUACUGUAAAACCUUCAACAACUGCUACUGCACCUACAGCAGCUCCAAUAUUUAACUGUGAUUUUGAGUUUGGAUUGUGUUCCAGCUGGUCUCAAGAUGUGUUAACAGAUCAACUUAAUUGGACUAUCGCUAGUGGAGCUACUGCAUCUGAUGGUACUGGACCAAGUUUUGAUCAUACUAAAAACAAUCAGUUUGGUAAGUAUGCAUACCUUGAGGUAAGCGCACAAAAAGAAAAUGAUGUUGCUCGUUUAAUUAGUACCAGUAUUCCAGCUACAGGAGAUACUGGUGCAAAAUGUCUAGAGUUUUGGUAUCAUAUGUAUGGUCCUCAUGUUAAUACUUUAAAUAUUUAUGUAUUGUUGGGUGGUCAUGUUGGUAAACCACUCUGGUCACGAACUGGAACACAGGGUAAUCGAUGGCUCAAAGGUCAAGUAAAUUUGGUUGGUCGACAACCAUUUCAGGCAGUUAUUGAAGCGACAGUUGGCAAAAGUUAUUUAGGGGAUAUUGCCAUUGAUGAUAUAUCUCUUACCACAAGUAAGUGUUUACUUUCAACAACAACCUGUACAUUUGAAAAUGACCAAUGUGGCUAUCGGGAUGACCAGUCUUCAACAUCUCAAUUGGUUUGGAAACGCCAGUCACAAGCAACCUCUUCAAACAAUGGUCCUUCAAUUGAUCACACACUACAAUCAUAUAAUGGUUUCUAUAUGUUUGUUGACUCCUCUAAAGGCAAGCAAGGAGACAUAGCACGAUUAUUUAGUCCUAUAGAGCCUAUAACAACUGGAAAAUGCCUUUCAUUUUGGUAUCACAUGAAUGGAAAAACAAUGGGUUCUUUAUCAAUUUAUUUAAGUAUUAAUGAUCAAGUUCAAAACCGUCCGAUUUGGUCAGAAUCUGGUAACAAAGGAGAUGUUUGGAGAAUUUCAAGAAUCACUUUAUCUGCUACUGAUACAUACGAGAUUGUGUUUGAGGGAAGUCUUGGUGGAGUUGAUAGUUACAUGGCAAUUGAUGAUAUUAAACUAUCUGAAGGACCUUGUCAGUCUCCAGGUUAUUGUGAUUUUGAGGUUGAUACAUGCACAUAUACUAACUCUAAAUUUGAUAAUUUUGAUUGGAUUCGUGGUUCAGCAGGAACCCCAUCUUUGUUCACUGGACCAAAAUUUGAUCACACCGUUGGAAAUAGCAGUGGAUCAUACAUCUUUUUGGAAACAUCAUCUCCAACGAAGAAAGGUGAUGUAGCAAUUCUUGAAAGUGAACAGUUUAAUCCUAUUUCAGGCUCACGUUGUCUUACUUUUUGGUAUCAUAUGUAUGGUGCUGAUAUAGGCUCAUUACAGGUAGUAUAUAAAGUUUUUUCUGGCUCUCAAAGUGAACAAUUGGUUUGGAAUUUGACUGGACAACAACAGUUAUCAGAUGUUGAUCAAUGGAAGUUUGCUCGUGUUCCAAUAAGCGCAGAUACAAAUCAUGUUAUAAUGUUUAAAGGCAUUGCUGGUGAUGGAUGGCUCGGUGAUAUUGCACUUGAUGACAUUCAGUUUACAUCACUUGCUUGUGUUCUUCAACCACCAGAAGCUAAUCCAAAUGGAAAACCAACUCAAGUACCUCCAACAACAUUGCCACAAACAAGACCCCCUACAUUAGCUCCAACAGCAUUAAGUUGUGAUUUUGAGAAAGAUUUUUGCUCACUUAUCCAAGAUUCUACUGACACAUUUAACUGGACAAGAAACCAAGGGUUUACUGAUACUUCUGAUAGUGGACCUUCAACUGAUCAUACUUUUGGUAACGGUGCUGUAACAUUAUAUGGUCCUGGCUCAAUUCGUCACAUAAGUGCUAAGUGUAUUCAUGUACUUAAUGGUGCUCAUAUCAAACCAAAAGAUGAUACAACAUUGGUACUUUAUGAAGGAUGUGGACAAAAUCGUUUAGAAUUUCAACUAACAAGUGAUGGGUUGUUAAAACUGACAAUGUAUAACAUGUGUGUGAGAUUAAGGGGUGAUUCGACAGCUUCUGAAACAGAGGUGACUAUUAGUGAUACUUGCACAACCAAGUGGACUAUAACAGGCUCUGGCCAAAUUCAGCAUCAGUCAACAGGCAUGUGUAUUUCACCUCUAGGAAAUACUUUAAAUCCUGGGAAUAAUUUAAAACUAGUUGCAUACAAAGCGUGUAAUGAUGAUUCAAAAAGAUUCAGUUUUUCACCAACAUUGGGAUUUUACGCUUACAUCGAAGCUUCAUCUCCACGUAAAGAAAACGAUACUGCUCGUUUGGUUUCUCCAAUUAUAUCUUCGAGUCAAUGUUUAAACUUUUGGUAUCAUAUGUAUGGCUUACAUGUAAACAGACUUAAUGUUUAUACAAAAACAACAAAUAAAAUGAAUCUAGUUUGGUCGAAAUAUGGUUCACAUGGAAACCAAUGGAGAGCUGCACACGUGUUUUUAAACUCUACUGUUCCUUAUCAGUAUGUAUUUGAAGCAAUUAGAGGAAAGGGUUAUUCAGGAGACAUUGCAAUAGAUGAUGUAACUGUAAGCAGCACAUGUCCAGCUCCAGUGGAAUGCACUUUUGAAGAGACAGACCCUCCUAUGUGUGGAUGGAUAAAUGAUAAUAAUGAUAUAUUUGACUGGUCAAUAGGACAAGGAAGUACUUCAUCUUCGAAUACUGGUCCUGAAAAUGAUCACACAUAUAAUGAUGAUAAUGGUAAAUAUUUGUAUAUCGAAACUUCAAUAUUGGUAAGUGCUGGAUCUAUUGCUCGUCUUAUUUCUCCAUUGUAUGCUGGAAACUCUAAAAUUGGCGGCCAAUGUUUUCAAUUUUGGUAUCACAUGUAUGGAACAUCUAUUGGUAAGUUAAGUCUUCUACUUGAGAAAGGAAAUGCAGCUCGUGCUUUAAUGUGGACAAGACAAGGCAAUCAAGGCAAUCAAUGGUUUAUUGGGCAGGCUUCAGUAUUAAGUCAAGGGGGUUUUAAGCUUAUAUUUGAAGCAACAAGAGGACUUAGUUAUACUGGUGAUAUUGCAAUCGAUGACUUGAUUAUGCAUGAUGGAGCAUGCAAUAGUCCAGCUACCUGCGAUUUUGAAAACGAAAAAUGCACUUGGAAAAAUGUACCGACUGAAGACACUUUUGAUUGGGUUAUUGGACAAGGCAGCACACCAAGCUUGUUAACAGGUCCUUCCGCUGAUCAUUCAAAACAAAAUGGAGAAGGUAAGUAUAUAUUCAUUGAGACAUCUUCUCCACAAAAAUCUGGUGAUACAGCUCGUUUAGUAUCUGAACAGCUUAAUGCUCAGUCAGUAUCUGCUUAUUGCUUACGUUUUUGGUAUCAUAUGAAUGGAGCAGAUAUUGGAACAUUAAAUGUUUAUAUUAAGACUGGUAUAGGAAAAAUGAAUGAAAAAGUAGUUUGGUCAUUGUCUGGUAAUCAAGGCAAUAAUUGGUUAGAAGGCACAGCCCCAGUACUUAGCCAGAAAGAUUUUUAUUUGGUAUUUGAAGCAGUGCAUGGAGGUUCCUAUAAUGGUGAUAUUGCACUAGAUGAUAUUGUUUACUCUAUGGGAGCUUGUUUUGUUGUACCAAAAGAUGCAGAUCCAUUUGCAGUUACUACAUCAAUACCACCCUCGCCAUCUACUACUCCAAUGUUAACUGUGUAUGGAUGUAACUUUGAAACAAAAACGCUGUGCCAAUGGUCUCAGGACCUAACAGAUAAAUUCAAUUGGACAUUGAAUAGCGGAACAACUUCUUCAGAUGGAUCUGGACCUAAUGUGGAUCACACUUAUGGAAAUAAGACUGGUACCUACUUAUACAUUGAGGCAUCUUAUCCUAGAGUAAAAGGUGAUAUUGCCAGAAUACUAAGUCCACUUGUACGAGGUGACAAAGUAAAAUCUCGUUGUUUUCAAUUUUGGUACCACAUGUAUGGACCAGAUAUUGGUUCUCUAAACGUUUAUAGAAAAUCUGGAAAUUCUAUGUUAAAGCUUUGGAUACGAGUUGGGGACAAUGGAAAUGUUUGGAGAUUGGGACAAGUUGAUUUGUUUUCUCAGUUAGAUUAUCAAGUUGUGGUUGAAGCUGUCAGAGGUGGAGAUUUUAAAGGAGAUAUUUCAAUUGAUGAUAUUGAUUUGAUUGACGGUUCUUGUCCUCCUACAGCAUAUUGCGAUUUUGAACACGGUAUUUGUGGUUACAAUCCUGAUCCUAAAGCUGAGUUUUAUUGGACUAGAAACAAAGGGGAGACAUCUAGUGACAAUACUGGACCAUCGUUUGAUCACACGCUUCAAACAGAUCAAGGGUAUUAUAUAUACACUGAGGUAUCUGGCACAAGAAAGUUAGGUGACAGAGCUCGUCUUGUAAGUCCUGUGAUUCCUGACAAAAACCCACGCUGUCUAGAAUUUUGGUUUCAUAUGAGAGGAUGGCAUAUAGGUCAACUAAAUAUCUAUAUUCAGACUCCAAAUGGUGGAAACAAUUUAAUAUGGCGACGGGAGGGAAAUCAUGGUGAUACAUGGAAAGUUGCAAAUGCUCCAAUUCGACCUCAAAAUGGCCGACAAAUUGUAAUUGAAGGUGUUCGUGGUAUGGGGUAUGCUGGAGAUAUUGCAGUUGAUGAUGUAAAAAUAAUUGAUGGAUACUGUCCUCCUCCUGGAGAAUGUUCUUUUGAAGCCGGAAUGUGUACAUGGAGUAAUACAAAAUCAAAUCUAGAUACAUUUGAUUGGAUUAUUGGAAGUGGUGGUACUCCAUCUUUUUUUACUGGACCUGAUGUUGAUCAUACUACAGGAUCAAAAGAAGGUUUUUAUAUGUACAUUGAAGCUUCCGAUACAAAGAGUGGUGAUAGAGCUUGGCUUUUAUCUGAGGACUUUACUCCAACUCUUAGUCGCUGUAUUGAUUUCUGGGUACAUAUGCUUGGCUCUGAUAUUGGAACACUGAAUGUACAUAUACGUGGGCAAAAUGGAACUAUGACAAGAAUUUGGACUUUAUCUGGGUCUCAAGGCACUAAAUGGAUAAAUGGACAAGCUCCUAUUGUCUCAACAGUUGAUUAUCAGAUUGUAUUUGAAGCAAUUACGACUGCUGGGUUUUCAGGAGAUAUAGCAAUUGAUGAUAUUGUCUUUUCAGAAUAUAAAUGUACAAAUAUUCCAGCCAAUUCUGUGCCACCGGAUCCUACAACUCCUCCCCCAACAACUGUCACCACAACACCAAUGCCAACACCUAUACCAAAUUUCUACACAUGUAAUUUCACAUUUGACAAAUGUAGCUGGUAUGAUGACCUGACAGCUAAAUUUACAUGGACACGAAAUCAAGGAACCACAAGUUCUGUUGAUACAGGACCAACUAGUGAUCAUACAACUGGAGCUAGUGGGUGGUAUAUUUUUAUUGAAACAUCAUGGCCUCGUGUUCAAAAUGAUACUGCACGUUUGAUGAGUGCUAGUAUCCCAGCAACAAGUAAAAUCUGCUUAGAAUUUUGGUAUCAUAUGUUUGGUGAUCACAUUGGUAAUUUGACUGUUUAUACUAUGGUUCAAAACAAAUCAACUGCAGUAUGGACAAAAAGUGGUACACAAGGUCAAAAAUGGAAGCAUGCUGUUAUUCAUCUUACAUCAGCUUCUAAGUUCCAGGUUGUUUUUGAAGGGAUUGUUGGGCCGAGUUACAGAGGAGAUAUUGCACUUGAUGAUUUAAGUUUGACCGAAGGAUCCUGCCCUCCUCAAGCUGAGUGUACUUUUGAGGAUCCAGAUCUGUGCGGCUGGACUAAUAUUGGCGGCGAUGAUUUUGAUUGGACAAGGGACAAUGCUGGUACUUCGUCAUCAGGAACUGGACCACAAAAUGAUAAUACUUUUGGAACUGCUGCAGGUUAUUAUAUGUACAUCGAGACUUCCACUCCCCAGACAAAAGGUCACAAGGCAUGGUUAAAAUCUCCUAACUACUCAGCUACAAUAGGGCGGUGUUUAUCUUUUUGGUAUCACAUGUAUGGUCAAGAUAUUGGAACUCUUAAUGUUUUAAUUAAUCAAAAUGGAUCUCGUUCUGCUCCCAUAUGGACAUUAUCUGGAGAACAAGGGGGUUUGUGGCGACCUACUCGUGUUACAAUCAAAAGCUUUGUUUCUCAUAGUAUAAUAUUUGAAGGAAUUACUGGUCCUUCAUAUAGAGGAGACAUUGCUCUUGAUGAUGUUAUGAUUUCCGAGGGUCCUUGCCCAGAUCCAGGUUUUUGUGACUUUGAAAGUGAUUUGUGUGCCUACACAAACAUGCCAUAUGGUGAUCAAUUUGAUUGGCAGGUUGGUUCAGGAACUACGUCAUCUGUUUUAACUGGUCCAACAACUGAUCACUCCACUGGAACUGCUCUUGGUCAAUAUAUUUUUAUUGAGACAUCAUAUCCCAGAUUAGCCCACGAGGCAGCAAUACUUCGCAGUGAAACAGUUCCUACAUCAGGAGAUGGAAAGUGUGUUCAGUUCUGGUAUCAUAUGUAUGGAUCUGAAAUUGGAAAACUUGAGGUUAACAUGCGUGUUGGCAAUGAUAUCUCUGAAACUAUUGUGUGGGAACUAAGUGGUGAUCAAGGAAAUGUUUGGAAGCAAGGCCAAGCACCCUUUUUAAGUCGAGGGCAAAAUAUGGAGAUUCGUUUUGAAGGAAUACGUGGUUAUGGAUAUAAAGGUGAUAUUGCAAUUGAUGAUAUAACUGUUACAAAUUUUGCUGGAUCAUGUCCAGUUCAACCAACACAAGCUCAGCCUUGGGGUUGCAAUUUUGAGCUAGGAUUUUGUAAAUGGACGCAAUCAAAUAAAGAUGAUUUUGAUUGGACUUUAAACAAAGGUCAGACAUCAUCAGUAGGAACUGGACCAACAGUUGAUCAUACCACCAAUACAACCAAGGGAACUUAUAUUUAUCUUGAGACAUCAUGGCCACGUAAAGAAAAUGAUACAGCAGCGCUGAUAAGUCCAAUAAUUCCUGGUAAUGGUACAAGAGCGACAUAUUGUUUAUGGUUUGCUUAUCAUAUGUAUGGUCCUCAUGUGGAUACCCUAAAAGUGUAUACACAAUCACAAGGCCAGACCAGACCACCAAUUUGGAUUAGAAAAGGUUCAAAAGGACCAGAAUGGCGCCAUGCUGAGGUUUCAGUUGAUGUUUUGUAUGACACUCAGGUAAUAAUUGAAGGAACACGUGGUACAGAUUACAAAGGGGACAUUGCAAUUGAUGAUAUAGAUCUUUGGUGGGGUGACUGUUAUACAUCAGGAGUUUGUACAUUUGAAGGUGCUGACAUUUGCUUUUGGUAUGUGGAUACAUCAAAACAGCUUAAGUGGGAACGAGCAUCUGGUUCAACUUCUAGUGUUCAAACUGGUCCUUCAAACGAUCAUACAUAUGGUACUGAUCAAGGACAUUACAUGUACAUAGAGACCUCAAAUGCUCCUCCGAAUACGGAAGCUAGAAUGUAUAGUCCGUGGUAUUACAAUUUUGGGCAAAGUUGUGUUCAGUUUUUUUACCAUAUGUACGGAGUACAGGUUAAUGAGCUAAAUAUUUUUAUAAGAUAUGCUCAAAAUGCCAAUUCUUACUUAAUGUUUUCUAAAGUUGGCAAUCAAAAUAAUACAUGGCGACUUGGGCAGGCUUCAGUUUUAAAUGUUGGUUACUUUCAGAUUAUUGUUCGUGGUGUUAAAGGGCAGGGUUACCAAGGUGACAUUGCUGUUGACGAUUUCCGUAUUCGAGAGGGUGCAUGUCCUGCAGUUGGAAACUGUGAUUUUGAACAUAUAGAUUUCUGCUCUUGGGAGCAAGAAAACUCUGAUCAUUUUGAUUGGAUAAUUGGAUCAGGAGCUACAUCUUCUACUUUUACUGGUCCAAGUACUGACCAUACUACUCAGACAAAUGGAGGCUAUUAUGCAUUUAUUGAAAGUUCCUCUCCACGUGUUGUUGGGGAUAAAGCUUCCUUAAAAAGUGAAAUAUUUACACCAACUCCUGUCAACGGAAGAUGUUUUAGUUUUUGGUAUCAUAUGUAUGGCGCAUCAAUUGGAACAUUAAAUGUUUAUAUUCGAAGCUUAAACCAAGGAAAUUUUAUUGGAAAUGAAAUAAUGUGGCAAUUGAUUGGAAAUCAAGGUAAUCAAUGGUUUCAAGGACGCAUGGGACUAAAUGUACCAACAGAUUAUCAGAUUGUGGUUGAAGCCAUUCGUGGUGCAAGUUACACUGGAGAUAUUGCAGUUGAUGACUUUGAGUUUACUGUUGGAAGUUGCUCAUUAUUACCAAUUAAAGCUUGGCCUCCUGGUAAAACAACAUUGGCACCUACUCCUGCUAUAACAACCUCAGGACCAACUGCUGGUAACCAAGGGAAUGAUUGUAACUUUGACAUUAAUACAUGUGUUUACUCAACUAAUUCAUCAUCUAAAACAUUCAAUUGGUUACGACACCAGGGACCAACAGACUCUUAUGGUACAGGUCCUCGUAAUGAUCAUACAACCAAUUCAGGCAAAGGUUAUUACAUGUAUGUUGAUGCAUCAUCUCCUGCUAAAGUUAAUGAUUCAGCUUGGCUUGUACAAUCUGGUAUUAACAAUAAUAAUGGUUUUUGCGUGAGUUUCUGGUAUCAUAUGUUUGGGCCCCAUGUUGGAACUCUAAAUAUUUGGCUUCUGUUCCCUUCUCAAGCUCAACUUAAAUGGAAACGCAUGGCUUCACAGGGUGAUAAAUGGAAGCAUGGACAAAUAUACAUUCCACGCAAAGAUGGAUCCCCUUUUACAAUUGUUUUUGAAGCUAUACGUGGAUCAGGUUAUGCUGGUGACAUUUCUUUAGAUGAUAUUACUUUUGUAUCAACAGACCAAGGCUGUCCUGGUGAACGUGAAUGUACAUUUGAAGCUAUUCAGUGGCCAGGGUCAGGUGUUGCAGAUUUAUUGUGUGGUUGGACACAAGAAAAAGUAAAAGAUAACUUUGAUUGGACAAUUACAAGUGGUAGCACAAGUUCCGCUCAAACUGGACCAAGUACUGAUCACACACUUAAAACAAGCCAAGGACGUUACAUUUACAUUGAAACAUCAUGGCCACAAAAAGCAGGGGAUAAAGCAAUGAUUAUAUCUCAAUCAUAUACAGCAACUCGUGGUCAGUGUUUUACAUUUUGGUAUCAUAAAUAUGGGAGCACUGUCAGUAAUUUCACUUUAUAUACACGUAUUGAUAACAUUGAUACACCAAUAUGGUCAAGAGGAGCUUAUGAUGAAGGAAAUGUCUGGCGUCCAGCUUUAGUGACAAUUAAAUCACCCCUUAAACCUUUCCAGCUGGUUUUUGAAGCAUUUGUUGGGUCAGGUUUCACAGGAGACAUUGCCAUUGAUGAUAUUUUAUUGCAAGAUGGUGAAUGUCCACUGCCAGGUGAUUGCGAUUUUGAAGAUUUUGAGAGUUGUACAUACGAGCAGGAACCAACUGAAGAUAACUUUGAUUGGAUAAGAGGAAACGGUGAAACUAGUAGUUGGAGAACUGGUCCAAGUAAAGAUAAUACAAAGAAUGAUAAAUCAGGGUCUUAUUAUUAUAUUGAGGCUUCAUACCCACAGAAAAAGGGUGACAAAGCUCGCAUGACAAGUGAGCUGUUCCGACCAACCAAUCGAUUUGGCCGCUGCUUGCAGUUUUAUAGACACUUGUAUGGUGCCUCUAUUGGAACUCUUAAUGUUUAUGUAAAGUAUGGUGCUGGAAAUUCAUCUGAUGCUGAAACAUUAAUAUGGUCAGAUUCAGGAAAUCAAGGGGAUUCUUGGAUUCAAUCACAAGUCCCAGUCUAUAGUAGUAGCCCUUACAGACUUGUAUUUGAAGCAGUUGUUGGCUCAUCUUACACUGGUGACAUUGCAAUUGAUGAUAUUAGCUUCAACAACAACUUUUCUCCUUGUACAUACAUUCCUCCCAAUUCUCAGCCACCAACUGUUCCACCAACUACUAUAACACCAUCUGAUAGUAAUUGUACCUUUGAAACUCCAUGUCGUUGGAAACAACUAACUACUGAUAACUUUGAUUGGACCUUUAUUAGCGGAGCAACAGGUACUUAUGGUACAGGACCACUUGGCGAUCAUACCACUGGAAAAGGUACUUAUGCUUACAUUGAAGCAAGUUAUCCUCGUAAACCUAAUGACACAGCAGUUUUGCGUAGCCCUCCUAUUCGUGCUACACUUGGUGCAGUUUGUUUUUCAUUUUACUUUCAUAUGCAUGGUGCAGAUAUUAACGCAUUAAAUGUAUAUUCAGUAUAUAAUGGAGUGCGAACAAAGGUAUGGACACGUUUUGGUACACAAGGUAACAGGUGGCGACAUGGUCAAGUUAACAUCCGUGGAAUUUCAUCUAUAUUUAAUAUCGAUAUUGAAGGUGUACGAGGGAUAAGUUAUGAAGGUGAUAUUUCAAUUGAUGAUAUUGUUGUAUCUGAUGGUAAAUGUCCUCCAACACGAUAUUGCGAUUUUGAAAAUGGAAAUUGUGAUUGGGAAAAUAUUUUAACAGACAAGUUUGAUUGGACACGAUCUAAUGGUGGAACAUCUACCUUUGGAACUGGUCCUUCAACUGACCACACUACUGGCACUGCUCUUGGUUCAUAUUUUUAUAUUGAAACUUCUUAUCCACGCAAAAGAAAUGAUAAUGCUAUUUUACGUAGUCCACUUUAUCCAGCCAACUCUAAAGGUAGUUGUUUUAACUUUUGGUACCACAUGUAUGGUCAAGACAUUGGUUCAUUAAAUAUUUAUGUUGGUAAAUUGGGAUCUGUUCCUGCUUGGAAUCUUACAAGUGAUCAAGGGAAUGUUUGGAGACACGGAAGAGUAACAGUCCAAAGUCUUGUCUCAUUUUAUAUAUACAUUGAAGGAGUUGUUGGAAAGAGUUUCCAAGGUGACAUUGCUAUUGAUGAUAUAAUGAUCGAAGACUAUCCCUGUCCUGCUCCAGGUUCGUGUGACUUUGAAUCACAAAGUUUUUGUGGAUGGACUCAAGUUCUUAACAAGAAAAAUACUACUGGUUUUGAUGAUUUCGACUGGAUACUUAAUAGUGGAUCUACUCCAUCAUGGUCAACUGGACCUUCUGUUGAUCACACAAAAGGAACUGCUCUUGGUACUUAUGCAUUUAUUGAAUCAUCUGGCAUUCCAUCUGGUUCACGUGCCCAGCUUAUUAGUGAAAUUUUUCCAGCAACAAAAGGCAAUUGCUUGUCAUUUUGGUACCACAUGUUCGGUGAUGGUAUUGGGUCAAUUAACUUCUAUAUUAAAACAAUCUCUGGUAGUCCAGCUGUUGUCAAAUCUAUUGAGGGUAACCAAGGGGAUAAAUGGAUUCAAGGUGAAGUUGGUCUUCAUUCACAAAAUGCUUUUUCUGUUAUAAUAGAAGCAGUCCAUGGUAGUUCUUAUACAGGAGACAUUGCUAUUGAUGACCUCGAGAUUUUGAGUGGAAACUGUGUUGGUACUUGUUCUUCUAUUAAACCAACAGCUCGAGUUGCUUGUGGUCCUGGUAGUGUUACCCCAGCUACUUGCACAAUAUCUUAUGGUUGUUGUUAUGAUGACUCAGUACCUAAUGUUCCUAAGUGCUUUCAACAUCCUGCAACUUGUAAUGCUGUUCCAAUUAUUUCGCGUCAACAGUGUGGUUUUAAAUCUAUUUCAAAAUUAGAAUGUGGUAAACUGGGCUGUUGCUAUGAUAGCUCAACAAGUAAUGGAAUUCAAUGCUUUUUCUCACUCAGCAACCCAACAGAUUUCCCACCAACCAUUCCACCUACAACAGAAAUACCGCCAUCAAUUUAUGACUGUUCAUUUGAAACAGGCUUAUGUGGGUUUUUAAACAUAAAUGCAACUGAUAGUUUUGACUGGACAAGACAUAAAGGUGAAACAGGAAGUUGGGGUACUGGACCAACUGCAGAUCACACUCUUGGUACCAAGGAUGGAUAUUAUAUUUACAUUGAAACAUCAUUUAAUAAAGAAAAUGACACAGCCAACUUAGUUUCACCUUUUAUUGAUUUUCCACCAUCAAGUCCAAUAGUAUGUGUACGUUUUUGGUAUCAUAUGUAUGGACAGCAUGUUGGCAGCUUAAAUGUUUUCCAUAAGACAACAGCAAAUAUGCCUACUAUUCCUGUAUGGACUAGAAGUGGUGCGAUGGUUAAUGAUUGGCUAUACGGUCAAUUUGUUGUACCAAGUGGAAAGUUUCAAGUUGUGUUUCAAGGAAAGCGCGGACCUGGUUACCAAGGUGAUAUAUCACUAGAUGACAUUAGCUUUUUUAAUGGAGCUUGUCCACCUCAAAGAUUUUGUGAUUUUGAAAACAAUGACUUGUGUGGUUGGAUCCAAGAUGCAUCUGAUAAUUUUGAUUGGACAAUUGGAUUUGGAAAUACCACAAGUUGGGAUACUGGUCCAAAGUCUGACCACACAUAUGGAACACCUACAGGUAAAUACUUAUUUAUUGAGGGAUCAUGGCCACGUCAACCUGGAGACAAAGCUAGAAUUGAGUCAUACAGUAGAGCUCCGACUGACGGAACCUGUUUUGAAUUUUACUAUCAUAUGAAAGGGGUUGGUAUAGGAACUCUAAAUGUUUUUAUUCGGCGUGGAAAGAUAGUUGAUGCCUUACCUCUCUGGACUCUUUCUGGUGAGCAAGGAGAUGAAUGGUUUAGAGCUACUAUGAAUGUUAAGGAGCCCAUGCAAGAAUGGAAGGUAAUAUUGGAAGGAAUUCGCGGUGCAGAUUAUUAUUCUGAUAUUGCAAUUGAUGAUCUUGUAUUCCAUAAUGGUGAAUGUGUACCAGUUGGUGAUUGUGAUUUUGAAGAUGGAAAUGCUUGUGGAUAUCAAAAUGAUCCCUCUAACAAAGUUGAUUGGUUAGUAUACACAGGGCCAACACCCAGCCACAACACUGGGCCAUCAACAGAUCAUACAACAGGUCUUCCUACAGGUCAAUAUUUGUUUAUGGAAUCAUCUUAUCCUGCUCAGAGAGGAGAUAUCUCACGGUUUGUUAGUGAAAAGUUUAAAGUUAAUCCAAACUUUAAAUGGUGUAUUGAAUUUUGGUAUAACAUGCAUGGAAAUGGAGUAGGAGCAUUAAGAGUGAGGACAAAAUACAAGACUCCGUAUUCAAAAGGCGCUUAUUACUAUUCUUAUCCUUUAUUUUCAAUGGAAGGCAAUUUGGAUGACCUCUGGCACUUUGGUCAAGCCAACAUCACUAGUUCUUAUGAUUUUCAGAUUGUAUUUGAAGGAGAAGUUGGUUCCGGUGUCACAUAUCAAUCAGAUAUUGCUCUAGAUGAUCUUAAUGUUACACUAGGCCAAUGUGAUCCACCUGCACCUCCUCCUACUCCUAUACCAUGUCUCAGAAAGUGUAAAGAUGGUACGUGUAUUUCUAGUGAUAAGGUAUGUGAUUUUUAUCCUGACUGCGCUCAGGGUAAAGACUCAACAGAUAAUACAGAUGAAGAUGGCUGUGAUGGUUGCGAUUUCGAAACAGGAGUGUGUGGCUGGACAAAUAAUACUAAAGGAUUAUUUAGCUGGAGAAGACAAGCUGGAGGAACAGCAACUGCAAACACAGGACCAACUACAGAUCAUACUAAAGGGACAAAUGCUGGCUACUAUCUCUAUGUAGAAGCUUCGCUAGGCAAGUCAUUUGAGUUAGCUACAUUUAGUAGUCCUCAAAUUAAACAAGCAUCGUCAACAUGUGCUAUUAGCUUUUGGUAUCAUAUGUAUGGAUCUAGCAUAGGAGAACUAGUUGUGUCAAUUGUUAUUGGGUUUAGGUUAACAAAAGUUUGGGAAAUGUACGGAGAUCAAGGAAAUAAAUGGCAGCAAGCUAUUGUAUAUAUCAAUAGAAGAACAUCUCCAUUCAACAUUAGAUUUACUGCAGAAAGAUCAACUAGUUUUACUGGUGAUAUUGCUAUUGAUGACAUUUCUUUGCAAAAUUGUGCUCUGCCAAAGCCUUCCCAAUGGUGUUAUACUGGCUACUAUUUCCAAUGCAUUAAAACAAAAGCUUGUAUUUCUUAUUCCCGAAUGUGUGAUUUUACUGAUGAUUGUGGUGAUAAUAGUGAUGAAGAUAAUUGUCCAUUUAGAUACUACCCAUACAGAUGUAAUUUUGAAAGUAGUUUCUGUCAAUGGCAAAAUCUAAAAGAUGAUCAAUUUGACUUUACUCGAACAAAAGGUGUAACUGAUUCUGAUGGUACUGGUCCUUUGUUUGAUCAUACAACUGGAACAACAUCUGGUUUUUACAUUUAUGCUGAAUCUUCUUAUCCACGACAGCUUGGUGACAAAGCUCGAAUAGCAUCUGCAGCAUUAAAACCUACUGAUCCGCAAAGAGCUUGUUCUAUACGCUUUUACUAUCACAUGGUGGGUGAUCAUAUUGGAGUUCUUCGUGUUAAGACUAGACAAUGUACAAACUGUCCAGAGACAACUGUAUGGACCCGUUCUACACCAGCAGGCAACUUUUGGGUGCGAACAAGUAUUCGUUUGACCAGCAUUUUACCAUUUCAGGUGAUCAUUGAAGCAGAAAUAGGUAGUGGAUACUUAGGUGAUAUUGCAAUUGAUGAUGUGUCCUUUGAUGAAUGCAAUGAUUUUUACGGAAUAUUACCAACAGCAAUCCCAACAACUCCUACAAUUCCAACCACCACUCCGUGUCUUUCUGAUCAGUUUUACUGCAUGAAAGACAAUAAAUGCAUUACAAAAUAUUAUGUUUGUGAUUACAGAAAUGACUGUUCUGAUGGUCAAGAUGAGCAAAUUUGUGGACCUUGCAACUUUGAAACAAGUGGUUGUGGAUACACAGAUGCAAGUACUGGAAAUCUUGAAUUCCGUCGAUCUCAGCCACUUAAAGAAGGAGGACCAAAAUUCGAUAAGACAAAAAACUCAACAUCUGGUUUCUUUGCACUUCUUGUUCCGGGUAGUGGUAGCACUCAAUAUACUUUAGCAAAGUUCAACAGUCCAACUUUGUCGAAAACGGGUCCUAACUGUGUUUUGGAGUUUAGCUAUUUUAGCAACAAAUCAAAUUAUUUGGUGGUGUUCCAUAACCAGGAUGUCAAUUCUAAUAAUGUAGCUUCUCGGGUUUGGUCUAAAUAUGUCAGUGGCAGCAAUUCCUGGAUUACUACUAGAUUUGGAGUUGGUCAAAGACCUGAUGGCUGGUCUCUUUCUUUCCAAGCUCAGUAUGUAUAUGCUGCCUAUGAUGACAUUGUUUUUAAGAAUUGUGAUUACCCUGUUACAACAAAUGUUUGUAACAAAAUGCAGACGAGAUGCGAAAGCGGAGUUUGUAUUUAUCCUUAUCAAAUGUGUGACUUUACAAAUGACUGUGGUGAUAGCAGUGAUGAAAAACUAGAAAUAUGUGCUAAUUAUAAAGAACGCUGUAACUUUGAAGUUGAUACUUGCAACUGGUAUCAGGAUAAAGAUGACGAUUUUGAUUGGACUUGGGGAAGUGGCGGUACUUCCUCAUCAGACACUGGUCCCGGAACAGAUCACACUGAAGGAACUCGACUUGGUAAAUAUUUAUUUAUUGAAACCUCUUCACCUCGCAAGCCUAAUGACACAGCACGUUUGUUAAGUACAGUUUUCCGACCUUCAAACGGAACAUGCACAAUGAGAUUUUUUUAUCACAUGUUUGGUGAAGAUAUUGAUACUCUCAGUGUAUGGUUAAAAACAUCUACUGCAGCUAGCUCAUUAAUGCAACUUUUAUGGAGCAAAAAAGGUGAUCAAGGCGAUAUAUGGCUUGGUGCUAGUAUUGAUAUUAUGAGCACAAAGAACUAUCAGAUUGCUAUAGAGGGACGCCGUGGUUUAAGUUAUUCAGGUGAUAUAGCUAUUGAUGAUAUAUCAUUUACAAUUGGUUGUAAUCCUGAUAUGAAGGCAACUCUUGAUCCAACUAUGGUUACACCAUCUCCUCCUCCUGGCUGUAAAGGCGGAGAGUUUGCUUGUGGUGAUGGUCAAUGUAUUCCUGCCUCCCAAUAUUGUGAUUUCAUAAGUCAUUGCAAGAAUGAUGCUGAUGAAAAACGAUGUCCAUCAAAAUGUGACUUUGAGAAUGGUGAUGGUUGUAUGUGGACCAAUGCCUACUAUGGUGAUUCUAUGGAUUGGACAGUUCAUCAAGGAAAAACACCUAGCAAUGAUACUGGACCUCCAUAUGAUCACACUAAAGGAACUCCAGAAGGAUAUUACUUGUAUAUGGAAGCAGACCAAUCAAAAGGAUCAAAUUUCCCGAAUGCACACUAUGUUAGUCCAAUGUACUACAAAGGAGGGUAUAAAUGUACAUUUUCGUUUUGGUAUAAUAUGUAUCAUCUCAAAGUUACUGGUGGAAAUGACGCUAGUUUGAAUAUAUUGUAUCGCAAAAGUGGACGAGAUACCAAGGUUUGGCAAAGUUCUCAGUCCACUGGAGAUCAAUGGAAAAAUGCAACUGUUGAGUUACCUCCAUGCCCAAAGAACUUUAGGAUCGUAUUUGAAGGUAGUCACUAUUGGGGUACACAGACAGAUGCUGCAAUUGAUGAUUGGAGUUUUGAUUGUGCUGAACCUGUUCCUCCCUUGUCUUGCAACAGUGAUCAGUUCCAAUGCAAAGAAACUAAACAGUGCAUACCAAUUGAUUCACUUUGUGAUUUAGAAUCAGACUGCUGUGAUGGGUCCGACGAAAGCGCAGCUUUGUGUAAAGAUUAUAAAAAGCUUGACUUUGAAUCUGGUUUAAAUGAUUUUGUACAGUUGACAAGUGAUGAUUUUAAUUUCGAUAUUCAAAGUGGAAAAACAUCAUCAUCAGGCACUGGACCUAAAACUGAUCAUACUUUAAAAGAGGAGCAUGGAAAAUAUGCUUAUAUUGAAGCAUCUGUUAGAAGUGAAAAUGACACAGCGCAGUUAGCUAGUAGUACUAUUGCAGCUACCAAACCAGGAAGCUCGCCAACAUGUUUUGUAUCCUUUUGGUAUCACAUGUAUGGUAUUCACAUUGGCACUUUGUCAGUAUCUACUGCAACUCAAUAUGGAGUUGUGGAAAAUACAGUAUGGAGUAAAUCAAAAAACCAAGGCGAUAAAUGGUUCAAAGGCAAAGUUAAUUUAGUUAGCUCCCAAGAUUUUCAAGUUAUUUUUACUGCAGUAAUGGGCACUUCUUUCAGAGGAGACAUUGCUAUUGAUGAUAUUAUGUUUAGCCCUGGUUGUAUCUUCAACAACAAACCUUUACCAGGAGGACCAACCCAGCCACCUAUUGAUCCUUGUUUACCUAACUUCCAAUGCCGAUUAACUGGAGUCUGUAUAUCACGAAUAUUAGUAUGUGAUUUCUCUGAAGAUUGUCUUGGUGGAACUGAUGAGGAUAACAUCACUUGUGGUUAUCCCCAAGGUUUUGAAUAUGGAUUUCAGCCUUGGAGUAACCCACAGUUUGAAACUUAUGAUUUUAUACUAAAUAGUGGCAAAACUCCAACUGUAAAAACAGGUCCAUCCACUGAUGCCCGCGGUUCAAAAGAAGGGUUUUAUGCUUACUUGGAAGUGACUGGUAAAACAGCAAACAAAAUGGCAGUUCUUUCAUCUCCUGUAUAUGGUGCUGCAUAUGCUGAAUGUUAUUUAGAAUUUUAUUAUCACAUGUAUGGUAUCCAUGUGUCUCUACUUGAAAUUCAUCUUAUAGAAACCGAAUCUCCUAUGGACUCUCCUGAUACCACAACUUUAUUUGAACUUCUAGGAGACCAAGGUGAUAAGUGGGUUAAAACACGUGUUUUUAUUGGUCGUCGGUACUUACCAUUUUACAUAAAUUUCACUGCUCAUGUUGGUGAUGGUGAUCAAGGUGAUAUAGCUUUGGAUGAAAUUACAUUUACAAACUGCGGUCAUGCACCACCAUGUACAGGCAAUGACCCUGGAAAAUUUAUGUGUGAUAACAAUCGUUGCAUAGCGCCAGAUAAAAUCUGUAAUUUUGUUGAUGAUUGUGGUGAUUCUUCUGAUGAGACAAUUGGAGAUAUAUGUUCUGAAUACGUUGGAUGUGACUUUGAAAAUCUUUUAACUGAUGCAUGUAAUUUCACACAAGAAACAGCUGAUGAUUUUGAUUGGACUUUAAAUCAAGGGUGGACUCCAUCAUAUAAUACAGGACCAACAAGAGAUCACACUUAUGGAACAUCUCAAGGUCACUACAUGUAUAUUGAAGCAACAGGGCGCAAAGAAGGAGAUAAAGCUAGAUUGAUGAGUUUACCGGUACAAGCUAAAAAAGGUGGCAACUGCACCUUGCGAUUUUUUUAUCAUAUGACUGGUUUGCAUGUAAAAGACCUAAAUAUUUACUUGUUAAAAGAUAAUGCUAUUGAGUUUGUAACGUCUGCAAAUGGUGACUAUGGUGAUGUUUGGACAGAGUUUGUAGUAAAUCUUUCAACAGAGUACAAUCCUUUCAGAAUUAUUUUUGAAGGUGUGGUUGGCAAAUCGUAUGCCAGCGAUAUAGCUAUUGACGAUAUCAUAUUGAAUCCAGAUUGCUUGAUCAAUGGUACUCGUACUUUUCCGACUAAAAUCCCGUGUACUGCAGAUAAAUUCAGAUGUAAUGAGAGCGGUCAAUGUGUCUCAAAUACAUCACGUUGCGAUGGAAAAAAAGAUUGCCGUGAUAAUUCAGAUGAGAAAGGGUGUGGCGAUGGUGAUUCGAAGACAGGAAAACGAAUAGGCAACACGACAAAAAAAAGUUCAGGAAUGAUUGCUGCUUCAGUUGUUGGUGGACUAAUACUUUUACUGGUCGUAAUUUUUAUUGCUUACAUGAUUACAAAGAAAAGGCGAGAAACCAAGUUGCAGUUAUUCUCAGUGUUUUAUGAUCCAACAAAACCCCCGGAAGAAAAAAAAAAAGAGCCAAAAUGUGUGUCUGUAAAACAAAAACCUGAGGGUUUGUCUAACCCGAUAUAUGAUGCACAACCAAUUGGUGAUUUUGCGAUGGGUGAGCUUGACACAAACAUGUUUGUUGACGAUGCUUUUACUGUUCCAGCCAGUAAGAAAUCUGGUGCAACCUCUAUGUCGAAUCCUCUUUAUCAAGACCCUUAUAUGGAAGAUGAAGAUGGACCAUUAGAUAAUUUUUAAACUUGCAACAGAACUGAAGAGAAAUUUUGCAAACUCAAGUUAAGACGAUAAAAGUUUUUGUAAAAGAGACGACAGAGUGACGUCCAGUGACGCCGAUAAAGUGAUAUCCAAACGACGGCUCUGGAAUGUUUUUUUUUGCUUUAAUAUAUGAAUCUUUUUAUUUUUGUUGUAAAUUAAUUUUUUAAGAUGUUUGCAGGUUUUCAUAUAUUUUUAUACAGUGUAAAUAUUUUUAAUUAUUUUGAUAAUUUUCUUGUAGAAUAAAUUGCUAGGAUAUAUAUUACCAAUUUUGAGAUUAGAAAUAUAUUUUUCGUGAGUUU